AUGGGUGAGGCAGCUCCAUCCUCAGGAUUGAGCGUCCAAAAGGCAGCUUCAUCAACGGGGUUGAGCCAAACACAUCCGCCCAAGAAAGAUGGCUGGCCAGAGGUUCCUGCUUUCGCAGAACCAUCACCAUUUCUGAGAUCUGCAGCCUUGGCAAUUGGCGCCGAAAAGAGAAGGUGCCUGCGAGAGGGCUACGUAUCUGAAGGUCCCAGCGAGUCUUCUGUCAACAUCGAAGAUACCGAGGACGAAAACUUGCAGUCGGCCUUGCCGGGGCUCGAGCGGUUCUAUGAGACCAUGGCUGCAAAGGCGCAGAUCAAGCCAGGCGCGGGUUCCUCCUCCAGCUGGGUCCUGUCCAUGGCUCGGAGCUACCGCCGCUUGUCCAAGGAGAAGCGGAGGCGUGGUCGCUUGAAGGAGCUUCUGCAGCCUGCGGUCAACGCAGGUGUCCUGCGUAGCGCCUCCGGUGGAAGCCUGGUCUGCCCAGGUGAGCACUUGGGCUGGUCUUCGAACACCGACGACAGCGGCUACGAGGCUGGCUACGAAACAGAUGCCGACGAGUCAGAGCUGAGUGAAUGGGAGGGCAGUGUUCGGCAAGGGCACAAGCGCAAGCUGGAAGCACUGGUGAACUUGACGAAGCAGAUGACUUUUGCUACAGAGCUACCCGGGGGGCAGGCUCAUGAGGAGCCAUUGCCAUUCGGUGAGUCCGCACGGCAACCGCCACCCAAGACUUUGCGAGCAUUGGGUACCAGACCAGUGGGCCUGCGGCUGUCGCUCCCAAACGGGUCUGGUUCAGACACCCUGCAGGCCAGGUCUUGCCAGGCACCGCCAGAAGCGAAGAGCGUGCCUCUGGACGGCCCACCUGGUCCGAGCCUGCCAGCACUGCCGGCGCCAGUGCAAGCGACGGCGGGCCUCACUGUCGCGGUCGCGGGCGUUGCAGGGCUCGCCGCACCCAGGGAUCCGACUGUGGUGUGGCAAGAGCGACCCCCCAUCUCUCUCUCCAACAUGAGCUAUGUCUACGUGGAUGGCGAGCGCAAGCCGCUCAAUACGCUUGGCAUCCAAUGGAAGGCGCUGCCCGAAGGGGACAAUGCGGCCAUGGAGGCGGGCCGACUGUUACCCUUCUUCCAGUCUCCGCUUUGCCGUCAAGCUGUGAUGCCACACGAGGCGGAAGUCUGCGUUGCUGGAGGAGCAGAGCCAAGAGUUAAGAAGGGCAACGACCUCAGCAGGAAAGACCGUGCUUCCCUUGCAGCACUGCCAGACAAGUCAGCAGCUAAGGCCAAAGAACGGCAUGCCCUCAUCUCAACUCUAACCGACAAAGGAGGCCAGCGCCAGUAUUGCAGCCAGAGACCACUCCACAGCAAGCAUGUAAUGCAGAGCACAACUGCUGAAAGACACGCAGAGUGCUGGGGCCUGGCCCGCGCUGCAGCAGGUGGCUACUUUCUCGUAGGUUCGAUGGACGUCGAGUUGAAGGAGCUCGACUGGCACUUGCGACGACUUGGCCUUCUUGAGUUGAGUGCUCGAAACAUCGUGGGUCCGAGCGCAGAGAGUUUGACAUUGGAGGAUUUGUCCAAGAAGGACGGCGAUCUUGUUCGGCGGGUUCGGGAGUGGAUCAAAGAGAAGUUUGGAUCUCCAGCGGAUGUCUGGAAUGUCAUCGAUGCAAAGCAGACAGGCAGUCUGGACCGUGCAGGUUGGACGUCAUCUUGCUUGGCAGCGGGCUUCGACGGGACCGUAGAAGAGCUACACUAUUUGUUCCAGUUCGUCGACAUCGAUGAGGGCGGCAGCAUCAACAAAGAAGAGAUUCUCUUCUUGGAGACGGACAGCCAGGCGAGGGACAAAGCGAUCUUCGAGGAGAAGAUGAAGUCAAAGGGUCAAGUAGAGCGGCUGUGGGCAUCUGUCUACUGGUCAGAGCUGCACAAGGGCCAUUCCCCCUUGAGCAGGACGGCACCGAGGCCGUGGAUGGCCAAAGCUUUUGAGGCCCUUCCACCGUUGGUGAUCGUACAGCGUCAACAUCGUUUGCGCGAGGCGCGAAGAACACAGCGCCAGUCGAAGUCAAAGUUCCUGAAAUUCCUCUGCGAGAAAUACGGGUCAUGCGCCCGUGCGUGGAGGAGAGGAAUCGAUCCCGAUGGCCAUUUCUUCGCGGACAAGCUGAUUCUUCGGCACUUCUGUCGGCAGCACGAACUUGACUAUCAAGUUCACAUGCCUUCGUUGUGGACUACACUGGAUUCUGACAGCGACGGGAAGAUCAGCCUGCAAGACAUAUCGCCGCUCGGUGCGGUGGCUUUGGCUUCCUUUAGGGCUUGGUGCCGCAAGAAGUGUGGGUCUUGCCGCGCUGUCUGGAGUCUUCCCGAGAUGGAGAAAGCCCGUGCUUCUCCGCAACUUUCCGGCGACUCGCGACUGAUUUCCGUGAAGAAGAUGCUGAUAGGUCACUUCGUGGAGUCGCUGAAGGCUUUGGGCUGGAUCUGCUCCGGGGAUCAGGCAGAAAUGCUAUCAGCUCUGGACUUUUUCAACGCAGGCUUCGUUUCACAGGCUGACUUGUACUGGCUGGAUACUUGGGAGCCUCCGCUGUUCCUCAUAUCGGAGCCCUCCGAAGAGGCAUGGAACGAGGUGAAGCAUAUCCUUCUGGAGAGAUACGGAAGCCCCCUACAUGCCUGGCGCGAGCUUGACCUUGAUGGCCAGAACGAGGUCUCUUGGACGGAGUUCGUCGCAGGCUGCAGGAGAGUCAGAUUCAAAGGCGACGUUGGGGCAGCAUGGAGAUUCAUAGACAACGAUGCUUCUGGAUACAUCAGCAUGGAAGAGUUCAGCCCGGACAUAUACAAUGUGCUUAUGUCAUUUAAGCAAUGGGCCUCAAGACUUUAUGGAUCGGUCGGGAAUGCCUUCAAGAACUUCGACAAAGAAGGCAACGGCACCUUGACCCUGUAUAUUUUGAGGCGCUGUUGCCAAAAAGGGAAAUGGAGUGGAGACGCACAGGAGCUCUUCCAGUGCGUCGGGCCGACAAGUUCUCGACAGGAUCCGAGCAAAAAGCUGAUUACGGUGGAAGAUGUUGCUUUUUUGGACUUGUGGCCUGACCGGGAGAAGGACGACAAGGUGGAAGAUGAGGAGUCUCCCUCCUGCAGAUCUCCAUCCCCGAAGAGCGAUGCCCACCCUCGACUCUUCAAGAAGCCGCCGCCAGCGCCGACAAGUACUGCCCGUUCGACUCCCAAGCUAGCCAAACCCGAGACGACCAGCUCGCUGCGGAAGGAGCACUCCGCAGUGCUGGCAGCUUCAUCCCCGCAAAAGGCUGCACAAAUCCAAAGGACCUACUGUUGCCGCCCUCUGCAAAGAAGGGGCCACCAACAGCGCCAUCAGAAGCACGCAGCAAAGAGUAAGUUGCCUUGGCUGGACAAGCUGCAUCGACUUUGUCAUGAAGCUCCGAUUGCUUUCGAAGUGACGAAGGAUCGAGGUGAUGUAUCCGCAGAGGUGCCCAUCGACCAUUUCGACAGCACCUGA